GACGUUGUAAUAUAGGUCGCAAUAAUGCGUAUUACUUGUUUUAAGAACGUAAGACCUGUUAAAAACUUUGCAGAACUUUCAUAAGCGGAUUUCUGUAUGUUUCAGUCGUUAAUUGUAGAUUUGUAUGUCUCAGCGACUCUAAACAUACUGGCGUGGUUUCACAGAGAGGGUAUUUAAUCAGGACUAACUCUUAUAUGCCUAAGUAAAAAAUACUGGUGUGCCUAUUGAGACACAAGAAUGGCAAUGACAUAUUUUUAGAUGUACUAGGAAAAGUUAUUUUCAGUUAAAACAGCUCACACAUUCAUUUUAGUCUGAGACUAGCUUUAAUCCUUGAGAUUUCAGUUCGGUUUGGUGAAUGACUCGGGCGUUUUGAGCCGCCGAGCGCCCCCUGGAGGAAUACAAGUGUACUUGAGGAGAAAAUCUCAGCUUGUAGCGUUUUUUUUAGUAUGUGUGAGUGUGUAUGUGUGUGUGUGUGUGUGUGUGAGAGAGUGUGUCCCACUCUCAUCCAAGCAGGACAGGAGAGAGCUUGGUGCACUUUGUAGGGACGGACACUUUCACAUCUAAAUAAAUAGGAAACUAAAGUUGUUGGUGCAGUAUUCGUCACAGGAGUCCCAUCCGAAGUGCGCAAAGAAACACCUCCACCGCGCGCGCGCUCUGUCUCUCUCGCGAUGUCCGUCUCCGCUCUCUCGUUUUCCCGCCUGCUCCGGUGCAGUCUCUCCUCCUUGGGUCGGACACCGAGCGCGUGUCCGGGCAGGUGUCUGUGCGCGCGUCCCCCGACGGUGAGCGGGGUCCGAUGGAGAUCGUCUCGCUUGGACGUGGAUGGAAGAGGCCCCCCUGCGACUUGGGAUUCAUUCGGGAUUUGGGAUAAUCGGAUAGAGGAGCCCAUCCUGUUGCCCCCCAGCAUUCGUUACGGUACCCUCAUCCCUCACAUCAGCCUGUCCAGAGUGGGCUCAGCAUCCCACAUCGGCCGUCGCCGUGACAACGAGGACCGUCUACGAGCGAGCGCGCUCACGCCUGACACAAAGUACUUUGCGCUGUUUGACGGGCACGGAGGACCGCAUGCCGCCGACUUCUGUCACACACACAUGGAGGAGCACAUCCGGAAAUGUUUGUCGGUGGAAACAGAUCUGGAGGCAGUUUUGUCUGAAGCGUUUCUGCGUGUGGAUGCUGCUUUAAAUGCGGAGCUGCAGAUAUAUGGAAAUGCAUCUCUCAUGACGGUGGGCACCACGGCGACGGUUGCAUUGCUAAGAGAUGGGAUAGAGUUGGUUGUGGGCAGUGUUGGCGACAGUCGAGCUCUGUUGUGCCGAAAAGGAAAAGCCCGCAAACUCUCAGAUGACCACACGCCGGAGAGGAAAGAUGAGAAGCAGAGAAUUCGGCGAAGUGGUGGGUUUGUGACCUGGAAUAGUGUUGGUCAAGCAAACGUAAACGGACGAUUGGCAAUGACCCGCAGCAUCGGAGACUUUGAUUUAAAGAAGAGUGGAGUGAUCGCACAACCUGAGACCACUCACACUUUAUUGCAGCACGCUCACGACUCUUUCCUGGUCCUCACUACUGAUGGCAUCAACUUCAUCAUGACCAACCAGGAGAUCUGUGAUGUCAUCAGUCAGUGUCACGACCCCACCGAGGCCGCCAACAUCAUCGCUGAGCUGGCUCUACAGUAUGGCUCUGAGGAUAACAGCACGAUCAUCGUCGUCCCGUUCGGCGCUUGGGGAAAACAUCAGAACUCUGAAUUCACUUACUCCAUGAGCCGAAACUUUGCCUCCAGUGGCCGCUGGGCUUAACCAUCAAACAGUGUAAACGUUGCAACGUCCCUUUUACCACUACACUGCCACCACAGGUUCUUCACUUAUAUACUAAACGAAAAACCAAAGAAAUGUCCACAAUUCCAAAACUUCACAGUUCAAGUGAGCCAACAUUGAAAAGAGAGACUAUUCUUAAAAAUAUCUGCUGUCAUUGAACAGAGGGGGCGCUCUAACAGCCAGAUAAAUGCUUUUAUUGAGUUAUAAUAUAUUUGUAUAUUUUGAUGAGAAUGUGUAUUUUGCUGUUUUUUAAAACACUAUAACAAACGGGUCUUUUUAUAAACAUUAUAUUUAUUUGGUGAAACCUCAAAAAAGGAGAUUUGUAAAGAAAACAUAUUGAACAGUAUUGAAAACAUAAUGCAUCCCUUAAUUGUGUGUUGAGAUGGCAGCCGUAAAAACUUAAAACCAUUUUUUUUUGUAAAUGUCAUAAAGUAAAAUCACUCCCUGCAUCCAAAACCCAUCCAAUGUCCUGAUGGAUCACGGGUAACUUGACCUAAAAUCAUAUAAGCUGCCUCUAAAUGUCAAUAAAACAUAUUUUAUUAGAUAA